AUGAGAUCGAGUCGAAAUACCAGAGCUACUACUUCGGAAGAUGGCUCCUUGGUCCACGAGUCUUACGAGGCAUCACCUUCACCACAGCGACCCCGCGAUGGUCCNUCUAAACGCUCGCUCCGAGGUCGCUCAGGAUGCUUGAAUUGUCGACGACGGCGGAAAAAGUGCGAUGAAUCCAAACCGAGCUGCACCAAAUGCGAGAGGCUUGGCGAAGAUUGUGAAUGGGAUUCUGGUCUCAGUUUUCGAUUUACAUCGCUCGAGGCCGAUCAUCCUAGCAUGAUAGCUGGUCAAAAGAUCGCUGCUAAGGCCCCAUCAUCACUGCAAAUUGUUGACGUCGUUUUUGAUCUGGAUACUCACGAGUGCAAGGAAUUUCUCAAUGGCCAAGAAUAUUCCACGACCGAUGAUCAUCACGAAAACGAGAAGGCCACACCACAUGAAGAAGAAAGCUGCGCUUUCUCGUGGGAUAUGGAUCUUGCAGUUGUUGGUGUCUCACAGGACUUGGCUCAAAGUCAAGCAGUAUCUAGCAGAAGGUUCACAAACGAAAAUCUCUCGCCAGGGGUGCAACGCCUUCCCCUNCUGCGAGCGGAUUCUCACGAGGUCCACAGUAUUCACGAUAGCAGACGGUCUCACAGUUUUGCAGCUGGAGAGGGCGAAGCUGCACCUCGCGUAACAUUCCACACUCCGCUUCAACCCAUGAAUGAUCCUCUGUCGACGGCCGGUCUCCCUGUCAUCCGCGAAGACGACCAUCUACUAUCCUUUUCCCUUCCCGAGCUCGAGCCUCUGGAUUAUCUUACCAAUCGUGACUCUUUUCAAGCAUUUGGCGACUCUUUGUGGCCUCCGAUGAGUAAUGAAGAAGCCAACGCUCUGAUGGAUGUAGACCAUGUGCCUGCAGAGUCGCCAGACAUGUAUGCCAUGUACUACCCCAAUGCCGCGUAUCGAGAGCUGCACACUACUCUCUACAACCACAUGGUCGACACAGCUCGUGGCACCGGUCUCACGCGAACAGGCACUCCCGAGUCCGACAAAUCACAGAACGAUCCAAACAAUCAGGAGACACUCAGGCGAACGUCUCAAUGGGAGCAGCUUGAGCCCGACAGGUCUACACGUAGCAAUCUGCCAAAGGGUAUGACUGUUCGUCGUGAGAUGGAGCUUUGGCGAAACUACCUUGACGAGAUAGCUCUGUGGCUGGACAUGUUCGACAAUGAUCGUCACUUUCAGAUACACCUGCCAAUCCUGGCACAAAACUCCGAGUCACUACGUCUGUCAGUACUGGCUCUCUCUGCAAGGCAGAUGGAGAGAAGAGACCCGGAUAAACCUUACACGGAGAGUUUGGCAUUAUAUCAGGAGGCGAUACGAUUGAUUGCUGGUGAGCUGGAAAGUAUGAGUACAGAGGUCAUUGGAAGCUGUGUUUUGCUUUGCGUUCUGGAGAUGAUGAGCUCAUCCCCAAAAGACUGGGCCCGACAUCUGAACGGUGCGGCGAUGUUGCUAAAGGCUGCUGGCAUCAAUGGCGUUGUUGGAGGCAUACGACAAGCCAUCUUCUGGUGUUUUGCCCGCAUGGACAUGUGGGGCGGCUUCCUCUCAGACUCGCACACCAAGAUCCCAACGAGCCUUUGGUUUCUGCCCACAGGCACAAUGUCAACAGCAAUUUCGCGAUUCAAAACCGACUUUCAAAACUUCGACAGCUAUGCAAAUUACUCGCUGUUUCUUUGCGCUAGCGUGCUCAACGUUGUGUCUAGACGCGGCAGCUCCACCGAGCGUGGCAGCUCCUACAGCGCAAAGUGGAAAGCCCUGUUUGAUCUCCUUGUCGAUUGGAAUACCAGUAGGCCUGCAGAGAUGCGGCCCUUGACAUCGCGCGCCCACGACACUGACGACGAAGGACCGUUUCCUGUGGUUAUCUACACAAAUGCAGCAGCCGUGAGCGCAAAUCAGCUUUAUCAUACCGCUACUUUGCUUAUGUUGCAAGCCAAACCGAAUGACUUGAAGGUGCGGGGCCAGAGAAGUAUCUUUUGGCAUGCGAGGCAGGUCAUUGGGAUCUCGGUGAGUAAUUUGUUGCAUGCGGCGUGGACGAAUGCGCCGCAGCCAUUGUAUAUUGCUGGCAAGGUCAUGUCGAGCAAAGCCGAGCAUCGUGUUGUGCUAGAAGCGCUGGCGGAAAUAGAACGGACGACGGGCUUUGCUACUCAAUGGCGAGCGCAGGAUUUGAAAGAAUACUGGGGUGAUGAAGGAGAUUGA